CCCAGCAGCCAGCCAGAGCAGAGCCCAGCACGCUCCUCACUCAGCCCAGCACCCUCAGAGGAUGCUGAGCCGCUAUGGCCCCCUGCACCACAGCCCUAGCCCUCUGUGUGGCACUGCUCCUCGCCUGGCCGACGGACGGUGAGAGGCUGGCCAGCCCCAGGCACGUGCACUUUGCUGCGGAGAUGGCACAUCACCUGCUGCAGUGGGAGCCGGGACACAACCUCCCCAGCAACGUCCGCUACGAGGUGGAGCACAAAGUCUAUGGCACCAAUUUCUCCUGGACAGCCGUCCCAAACUGCAUGAGGAUCUCAGGGAAUUCCUGCGACCUCACCUACUACACCCUGGAUCCUGCCCUGCGCUACUACGCACGGGUCAGGGCUGUGUCUGGAAACCACACAUCCCCGUGGAAAAGAACCAACUCUUUCUCUCCACAAGAAGCCAGCCUGCGGCUAUCGGGCCAGAGCCUCUCUGUGACAGGCAACAGCGUCCACGUGCAGCUGCAGCUGCUGCUCAGGGUGGGCAACACCAGCGUGAAGUACGAGGACAUCCAGAAGCAUGCGAGGCGAUACGUGGUGUACGUCAGGAGGGCGCAGGACAACCGCACGUACCAAGUGGUAGAGACCACCCCGAAGUUCAACAUCAGCAGGCUGUUCUGGGACACGGAGUACUGCAUCAGCGUGGAGCCCGACGUGGCCAGCCGCCGCAUCCGUGCCACGCGCACCGACGAGCAGUGCGUCACCACCACCCACAGGCACAAGAGUGCAGAGUUUGCCCUGGGCAUCGUUGGCUCCUCCUUCAUCACCCUGUUGUUCUUGGGCCUCCUGGGAUCUCUGCUGGUGUGCUUCUACGUAAAGCAACCUGUGAGGACACCUGCCGUUCUGAAGUCUUUCAUAAAGCAGAGCUCGCUCUGGGUGGAGCAGGAGUCCUCAUCCUCAGGCAGCCCAGACACAGACCCUGUACAGCAGCUGUUUCUGGGACAGAAGGAGCCCCAGCAGAACAGCGGGCUCGAGGGCAGCACCAGCACAGCACAGCUGCCCCUGGAGAAGGGCUGGAGGCUCCCGGGCUGGUCUGAGGAGUGGCUGCGCCUGCCAGGGCUGGGGGCUGCGGGCAGCAGAGACAGCAGCUGUGCCAGCACCGACAGCGGCAUUUGCCUGCACGCCCCUGAGCUGGGCUGCUCCUCGGGGCCCGAGCCCCAGGGCUACAGACAGCAGCUGCCCGCUGGCGAUGACAGCGGCCUGGGCUUGGAGAGCGGCCGCCUCGACCCCACGUGCUCGUCCAGCAGCGGGAGCCCCGGCCCCACGGAGCCCCUGCAGCCCUGCGGCGGGGAGCUCAGCCAGCAGGACCUGCAGUUCCGGGGGUACCUGCAGCAGAGCAAGGGCACGGUGCAGCCCAGGUGGGACACAGCCAAGGCGCUGCCCUUCUCAGGCUGGGCAGGAUGCCCGCAGGGCCCGGGCAGCGCAGACGUCAUGCUGGAAGUAGAGUGCUCCGAGCUGGCUGUGCCCAAAGGCUAUUUGAAGCAGUCCUCUGCCGAGCCUCCCCGCAGACACACACAGGACCUUGCUCCACGGGCAGCCCCUUGGGAGCCCAUUGCCUGGGACUUUUCCAGCCAAAUGGGACCCCAAGUCCCUACUCUGCUGAACUAUGGGGCUCCAGGGGCUCUCUCAGCCUCCAAAGAUGGAUCCCAGCUCCUGAAAGCUCCUUUCAACCUGAACGACUUGAACACUGACCUCCUGGGGACGCUGCCCCUCAUCUCCAGCCUCAGCACCAACACGUGGCUCAUGCUGCAGAUCGACCCCCUGAGCCUGCUGAACAGGGACAGCAAGGACAGCCGCCUGUGAGGCACGUGCCCUCGGCCCCACACGCUGACCCAACUACCUCUUCUGACACUGCCCACAGGGGGCAGCUACUCCAAUAAGCUACUGCCAACCCCUGAACACUGAUGUGUCCAACGGAGCGGUGCCCUGGCCGACAUUCGCCCAAGAAGCACCUUCUGACCUACUUCUGGGGCAGCUUUGGCCUCAGUACCACUGUAGGCAGCCCCCAGUGUGCCUUGCACCUUCUCUGCACCCAGUCUCCCAUGUAAAGCUAACAGGCAUGGAGACAUGCUGCUGUUCUGGAGGGGCUCCUCUGCCUCCUCUGACCACUGUGUCCAAGGACACGCACCAAAGCGUGAUCCUGCCUCCCCAGCAGCCCAGCACAGAGCCCCAGGGCCAGCCCUGUGCUUCCCCUCCCCACUUCCCCCUUCUAUUGGCAAGCCCCAUGCUCCUCCAGCUGACAUCCACACCACUGAUGCCGUCCAAACCUUUCACAACAGAGACAAAGCGCAGAGCAGCCUGACGUCAGCCAUCCUGCAGCUGGGAGCAUGGAGCUCCCACCCUAUCUGGCCUCGUUUGGAGGGAGCAGGGACUUUCCUGACCCUACAGAGACCCCUGAGCAUCCAGCUCCUAAGACAGAGCCUGGGCACUAGCUACCUCCCCCACAGUGCAGGAUGCUUGUGGCCACUGCUCAAUGAACCCAGCACGAGCCAGGGCAGCCCUGCCCACACUAUGCUCCACGUUCUGCCACUGAUGCAUACAGACCUUAUUUAUUCUAUUUAAUUUGUAAAUACAGAAAGGAUGUGGUGUUA